AUGGAGUCAUUGUACUUGGCAGAUCAAGAAAAGGGCAAUGAUUUGAAAGUUAGCGCCAAUAACGCCUCAACUGAAUCCAUCCAAGAUGGAGACAUUCAUUAUUCAGUUACAGAAGGAAGCAACUCUGGAACCGCGACAUAUCAGGAUGCGAGAGGUGCCCCGGUAGAGGUACAAUCCCCACUGGGGUACUCAGUGAAUAGUUGGUUUGACUUGCCAUGUGGUUAUUCUAACCGCGACCCCCACGAUAGCGGCCUCAAUCUUAGCAGGAGUAGGGUCGGUUAUUUGCUAUCUCAAUCUACGCUAUCUGUAUACAUGGAGCUGGCUUCAUAUUUCCCUAGUCGCUCAGGGUCCGAUGUCGUAUAUCUCGAGCAAGCCUACCCCAAACCACAAUAUUUCUUCCCUACAGUCUUUGCGAUCAAGCAUGUCGUCUUUUCGUUUGGGAGUAGCAAUGCUAUAGUCUUCGCCGAGUACAUGUUUGGACUUGCAGGUGCAUCAUAUACGGACUGGCAGCUAAAGGCAGUGGCAGUGGCCGGAUAUACGCUGGCAUUAAUAGUUGUUGGCUUGAGCACCAAGUGGUCCUUGCGGAUUGUCCUGGCAUUUGGAAUAUCCAUAGCAGGAUUAGUGGUGCUCGGAGGGCACACGCGGGUUUCGGAUCCGUUUGUCAAUUGGAGGCAUCCCUGGCUGGGGACAUCUGAGGCCUCUGCUUACGGGGCUUCUAAUGCUAUGGUCAAGAUUAUCUUUUCCAAACAGAACCCUACCAAAACACUUCGUUGGAGUGCCCCGGCUUCCUUGCUUAUAGUCACAGUCCUUUAUAUCCUCGUCAACGUUGCUUAUUUUUCUGCUGCCUCGAGGCAAGAGGUACUGGAUUCGAAGCAGAUCGCCGCCGCAAUUUUUUUCGAGCGGGUCUUUGGAACCAACGGAGCUUCACGGGCGUUAAAUGUGCUUAUUUGUAUAAGUGCGUUUGGUAACCUGAUCGCUGUUAUGAUUAACAUAUCAAGAAUGCUCCGCGAAACUGGGAGGCAGGGCGUUCUUCCUUGGGCGAGGUUCUGGACAUCUACGAAGCCUUUUGGGACUCCCCUGGGACCUUACUUUUUCCAAUGGGUGAUAACACUGAUCAUGAUCCUCGCACCUCCUGCCGGCGACGCAUUUAAUUUUGUGGUGGAUCUCGCUGUGUAUCCAGGGAAUGUCUUCCUCUUCCUCCUGGUAAUUGGCGUCGUGAUUAUUCGCAAACGUCGAAGCCGCGUCGGUCUGCCGCGACCUGAAUAUCGAGCAUGGUGGAUCGCCAUUAUCUUUGCAACCUUAACCAAUCUAUAUAUGCUCAUAGCUCCAUGGUAUCCACCUAACGGGGGUGCUGAUGGCGGUGAUGUGAGUUUCUGGUACGGAACAUACAUGGUUGUGGGCAUCGCACUGCUUGUUCUAUGCGGCGUGUACUAUUAUUUCUGGAUCAAGUUCCUACCCAAGUACAAAGGCUACGAGCUUCGACAGACGGUAAUACAAUUCGAGAACAACUCGAUCGGUCAUAAGCUGGUCAAGGUACCCAAGGACGAAGUGGCCCGCUGGGACAGGGAACAUGAUGCUGCAGGCAAUCUACGGCAGCGUCCAUGGAUUCCGUGA